GUCUCUCAGCGGACGAUGCACCGUCUGGUCGUAUCUGUUCGCGCUCUCGAAUCUUUUAAAGUUGAUACAUCUUUUACGAUAUGUAAUUUACCGAAACCUCUUGCGCUUAAAAACCGUGUCGAUAAUUAUUAAUUAGUGUUUAAUUGUAAAUUUUAGCUUCUAAUUGUAAAUAUAACGUAAUUUCGUAGUUUAAAAGUUAGUGUAACUUAAUAGGAUUAGGCGGUCUACCUGCACGCUCGUCCCACGACAAGUCGCGCGGUUACCUUUGUCGAACAAUUUUAACAUGGAUGUGCAUUUCAAAUGUGACAGUGUGUGAUAGAACAUUUUGAGUGUAAAAGGCAUGUGAAUUAUCUGGAUUGGACAUAAACUUUCAAACAUGGUGGGCUUCUUCCGGCGCGGCUUUCGUCGCUUUAUCUUGGCCAUGACGAUGUGGUACCUGAUCCACGAAAGUGCACCGCAGACGUCGCUCAACAGAGUUCGUGACCGCGCGCGCCACUACGCGCGGCUACGACACUCCCGUCAUCUUGAGAACGGCGGCCGCCCCAUGUUUGCCAAGCCUUUUCUGCCGUCUCCCACCAAGCUUGCCGUCAAGGACAACCACAAGCCCAUCUUCAAGAAUUGCUCCUACUACAGGCCUGUCGUACAGGAAGACCAACCUCCAGGAACCCACGUCUUUCAGGUGACCGCCGAAGAUGUGGACCCUCCGGAAAUGGGAGGCACAGUCACCUACACCUUUGUGACCACCCCUGGAGAGAAGGAACGCUUCCAUGUAGGAUCUGCCACUGGAAUCAUCACCACCGCUGAUGUCUUCGAUCAUGACGAGCCUUCACGUGAGAAGGAAGCGUACAUCACAGUACGAGCGAGCGACAACGGCCAACCCCAACUGGAUGACGCUUGCACCAUCAAAAUUCUCAUAGAGGACGUCAACGAUAAUCCUCCUAUCUUUGACAAAGUGUCGUACUCGGAGUCCGUGCCAGCGGACCUGCCGGUCGGACGAGAGGUGAUGCGGAUCUCAGCUACCGAUAUUGACGAUGGAGACAACUCCAUUGUCAGCUACAGCUUGGACCCACAUUCGCAAGACGUCCCUUACUUCUACAUCGACCGCGACAACGGCGUUAUCUUCUUGAAUAGGACCAUCGAUAAAUCACCAGGUUACAAAUUCAAGCUUAGCGCCGUAGUCAAAGACAAGGGCACUCCACCGCAAUCAAGCUCUAUCACACUGGACAUUCAAGUCGUAGAAUCCAACAAAAAGAGCCCCUCGUUUCUCGAGGUUCCCGAUGAGCCUAUACGUUUGAAAGAAAAUUUUGCCGACUUUAACGAAGCCAUAGCUACGGUUAGGGCUACGUCCAACAUACCCGGCGAAGAAAAGAAGCUUCAGUUUGAGCUUGUACAAGGUCAAACUGAGCAAACCAACAAAUGGCACACGUUUGUGAUGGAACCUGAGGGUGAUAUGGCUUACAUCAAACUCGGGGGCCAUCUGGACUAUGAGAAAGUUACGGAUUAUUCUCUGACUGUGCGGAUUCAGAACAACUACCGCCUUGCUGCUGAGACUAUCAUCUACAUACAGAUCGAAGAUGUGAACGACAACAUCCCAAUCUUCACUGAACUUCGUUCUGGCACAGUUCUAGAGAAUGAGCCGGUUGGUACUCAAGUCAUGCAGGUCCGUGCCAUCGACAGUGACGCUACAGCACCGCACAACCAAGUCACUUACGAACUCGGCGAUUCGUCUGAACCCUUCGCCAUCGACCCGGUGACCGGCAAUAUCACCACCUUGAAGAUGUUUGACAGAGAAGAAAGGUCGUUCUACAACAUCAAGAUCAUCGCUACUGACAACUCUGAAUCGGCCUUGAUUCCCGGCAAGCACAACGCCGGUCAACAGACCUUCUUCAUCGAGAUUGCUGAUAAGAAUGACAACCCUCCUCACUUCACUCAGGAUACCUACUUCGCUGAGUCUAUUGCCGAGAACGCUAACAUCAACGAGCUAGUGACUCAAGUUACUGCCCUGGACAUCGACACAGCCUCAGUCGUGUCGUACAGCAUCGUAGCGGGGAACACGUACGAUGCCUUUACCAUCCGCAACUUCACCGGCGAAAUCAGGGUUAACAGCGAACUGGAUUACGAGAACAUCACCAGCUACAGCCUUGACGUCCGCGCGUUCGAUGGCAUCUACGAGGAUUACGCCAAAGUUAUCAUCAAGAUUGAGAAUCUGAAUGACAAUCCGCCUGUUUUUGUCGCUAACUACACCAAGACUAUUGAAGAAGAGAAGUUGUACGAAGGCUGCGUUGUCAGGGUUGAGGCUUACGAUCCUGAUAUUAAAGACCGUACGGCGCCCCAGAACAUCUUCUAUUCUUUGGUAAAACAAGAACAGAUGGAAUUUUUGAGUAUCGACAACGAAGGCUGUUUGCGCUUGACCAAGCCGUUGGACCGCGAUCCGCCCCGUGGGUACUCUAAGUGGCAAAUCAUCAUCAUGGCUGCUGACCACGGCGGGAGACUCGGCUCCGACAGUCUGCGCUCGACCACCGAAGUCAUCUUGACACUUACCGACAUCAACGACAACAAACCAUUCCUGACGAACACCCAGCCCGUGAUUUGGUACGAGAACGAGCCUCCUGGUCAAGUGGUGGCUUUACAAGCCAAGGACUACGACUCUGAAGAAAACGGACCACCAUUCACUUUCGCCCUCGACGACGAUGACUCCAACUUCCAAUAUCGAUCCAAGUUCCAGAUACAAGGGAGCAUUCUUUUUGCGAUAACCACAUUCGAUCGCGAAGAGAUAAAGGAGUACUAUAUUCCCAUCCUGAUCACCGACUCCGGCACUCCCAGAUUGACCGGUCUCUCCGUCCUGCACAUCAUCAUAGGCGAUAAGAAUGAUAAUGCCAUGUCACCUGGCUACAGUAGUAUCUUCGUAUACAACUACCGGGGCGAAGCACCGGACACGGAAGUUGGACGAGUGUAUGUCCAGGACCCCGACGACUGGGACGUCCCGGACAAGAGCUACUCCUGGCUACCCUCAUAUGACGACAGAAGUCCCUUCUUUGAUGUUCAUCGCCAAACUGGCAUGGUAAUCAUGAAAGAAGGCACUCCCCCCGGCGAUUACCUUCUACGAUUCAACGUCACCGAACAGAAUGAGCCAGUGGUUCCCCUUCACUGGGUGAUUGCCACUGUGAACAUUUCUGUCAAGGAGAUACCGGAAGAGGCUGUGGACAAGUCAGGCUCUAUUCGCUUCAUCAACGUUACCGCUGAAGCUUUCAUCGUCCCAGAGGCUGACGGUACUAGCAAGAAGGACAAACUUCAUAGGCGCUUGGCCAAGCUGUACAACGUGUCCCGUGACAACGUGGACAUCUUUACUGUCUUGUCCAAGCAGACUGUGAAGGAGCUCUUCUUGGACAUCCGUUUCUCAGCCCACGGCUCUCCUUACUACUCCCCGGAAAAACUCAACACCAUGGUCACCGACGUUCAGGAGAAGAUCGAAGACGAGUUGCAGAUUAAGAUCUACAUGGUGCGCAUCGACGAGUGCCUGAUUGAGAAGGAGCAGUGCGAGGACUCGUGCCGGAACGUGCUGAUCAAGAACAACGUGCCCCUCGCCGUGUACACCAACACCACCAGCUUUGUCGGAGUCUCCGCCCGCGACGAGUCUGAAUGCACCUGCGAACGCUCUGAACCGAUUGUCUGCCUGAAUGGAGGAACACCGUUUGCCAACAAGUGCGAGUGCCCCGAAGGCUUCCUGGGUCCUCGAUGCGAACAGAUGUCCGUAGGCUUCACCGGCGACGGCUGGGCCAUGUACGCUCCACCACCAGCCUGCAGCGAAGGUCAUAUGGCUCUCACCGUCACCGCCCACACCAGCAACAGCCUCGUUUUCUACAUGGGACCCCAAAAGAUGAACAAACUCCUCAACGUGCAAGAUUUCAUGUCUCUGGAACUCGUCGACGGCUACCCGGUGCUUCUGGUCAACUACGGCUCGGGAACGACCCGCCUGAACAACAGCGUGGUCCACGUCUCCGACGGCAAACCCCAUCUGAUCGAGAUCAUCGUCAUGCGUAGCUCCAUCGAAAUGUUCGUCGACCGCUGCAAACUCACCACCUGCAUGAGCCUCGCUGCUCCCACCGGCACUAAGGAAUUCCUCAACAUCAACGGACCUCUGCAAGUUGGCGGCGCUAACAUCAACCUGAAAGAACUGGCUAAGGACUUCCAAUGGCGCCAUGUUCCCAACGACCAACCUCUUGUGGGCUGCGUGACCAACUUCACCUACAACGACUUCACCUACAACCUCGGCGAACCCUCAAUGUUCAAGAAUAUUGACACCACCUGCCAGCGCUCCAUGUACACGGCUGUGACCUUCGGCAUCGACACCAACUUCCUCGUGGCCAUCCUCGUCUGCAUCGCAAUCCUGAUCAUUCUGCUGUUGGCUGUGGUGGUACACCGCCGGCGCGCCGACGCUUGGGCUGAGAAGGAACUCGAUGACAUCCGCGAGAACAUCAUCGCUUACGAAGACGAGGGCGGUGGCGAAGGAGACGCAGGUUACGACCUCCACGUCUUGCGACAAAUGUAUGACGGACGCAUCCCCGACACUGACGGCUUUGUACACAGCACUGGGCUUUGUUUACCAACGACGAAGAUGUCCGAAUUCCUUGACGAUAAGAAGAACACGAUAGACCAAGACCCCGAUACACCACCAGACGACGUUCGUCAUUAUGCGUAUGAAGGCGACGGCAAUACUAGCGGGUCGUUGUCUUCAUUGGCGAGCUGUACGGACGAAGGCGACCUUAAGUUCAACUACCUAGCGACUUUCGGGCCCCGCUUCCGUAAGCUCGCUGAUAUGUAUGGCGACUCUGAGGACGAACGACCGCAUGGGUCUGCGCACGGCCUUGGUGCCGCACGCCCCCCGGCUGCUGCGCACCCCCAUGAGGAGUCGUGGUGCUAACAAGAUGUCUGGCUGGUCUAACCGCCCAGCCCAUUCAAAUGAACAUUGUGCCCGAACGCUUAGUGCCGUGCCGGGCCAUCUACGGUUCGACUCCGGACCAAAUCCUAGAAUUAGUUGAAAUAGAAUUACCUUACUGCAUACACAUCGAACCUCCAGAUGUAAUCUGCGACGGUAGGUGUGACUCUCGUACCCACCGUGACGACGACGACGUAAUGAGAUUUUAAUACGGAUAUUGACUAAACUUCAGUCUCAGAGUUGAUUUAUUCGUAGUAAGUUCGUUCGGUGCGCGGCGUCCUCGUGUACAGGCAAAUCUGUACGACACGUCGCGUGAAUACCUCGCUAUAAGUAAAUCAAUUUAAGAGCUAUUACAUACGCACUGUAUUCGAAUUGUAAGCCAACUGCAAUAAAAUGCAAUUGUAACGCGGUUCUAUUACAGUUGAAUUGCAGUUCAGAUGCCGUCCGUCUGUAAUAGUAUGUGGCUGAAUGUGGCUUACUGUAAUGUUUGUGAGCGGAAUAAACGUGCAUCGCAUUUACUGGACAGAUCUAGGCUCGUUGUUAUUGUAGGCUUGUUAGAUCUCCUUAAUUCCACCCUUCCCUGCCCAAGUGAAGCGAAGUACACCCAUCUCGCCCACAAACAAAUUCAAACACACUGAUUGACUUUAAGUAUAAUGUGAUGUCGAUAUUCUAAUUGUACUAUUUUCAAGUGACAUUGUUAAAUAAUGUUUUAAGAAAUGACUGAUUCGUAACGUUGUAGGCAUGGUUGUAGAUACGCCUAAUUACUUCUUGUGUAUUUUUUUAUAUACAUUUAAAACUUAAGGACGAAACUUUUUAAGACUAUCUUUAAGUAUUAGUUUAGUUUUUUUACUAUGUUUUUUUAUAUUAAUUUUUGUAUGAUUGUAAAUUAUUUGACAAUUUGUGAUUCCAGAGACUUUUGCUCUCGGGGUAUUUUUAUUGGCAGCAUUUAAGUAUCAUUUUCUAGCUAAAGAAGUUAAGAAUAAUUUAAAGUUUAAGUGCCAUUAUUCCUUUUAAUUUUUACUUUUAAGUUAUUGUUUGUGACGAGAUGUUUGUUCACGUAGCAGGACGUGACGUAACGUCUGUGGACACAUCUCGCGACAAUCACAUUUCCCGCCCAAUUUUUAAGCCUAGGGAUUUAUUUUUUACUUUAUUACGUCACUUUUAUUCAUAAUUAUAGUUUUGUUUGUUUGUUUUGUAAACUCAAUCGUCCAGUUGAAUUAAAUAUGGUGCAUUUAGUAAAGAAGAGAAAUUACCUUGGCGUUAGAGAAUAUUCAUAUUAUUGUUUAUAUAUGUUAUUAUAGAUAUAUAUUCUUCUUAUGUAUAUUAUUAUGAAUAUAUAUUAAAGAAUGGUAAUCUACAAUCUAUAAGUAAAGUUGGACCGACUGGUGGUGAUUUUUGUCGGAUUGUAAAUAUGUACAGACGUAGCUUACCGUACUUUUAAGAUUCCAUAGCGAGUAUAUCUUCUACUGAGUAACGGACUCAAGUGUCUUAUAUUGAGCAUAUCAGCGCAAAUGGCUACCACCAAGCACAGGCUUAUAUUCGGACCGUUCGAACAUUUACAACUUUAACACUAAGAAGCCAAUCUCUACAAAAGUUGUUUCAUGUAUACUGUAAUGCAUAUUAUAAAUUGAAGGAACCAAAUAAAUCUUCUAUUUAAAAUUAAACUUAAUUAAUAAUGUCGACACGGAACAUCUAACUAGUGCCAUUCGGAUUUGGUACAAAAUACAGUUACCUUUUCCUUCAUGCAAAAAUAACUGUAAUAAUGAUUAUGAUGUUAGGUAAGAUUUAUAAUAAGUGAUCGAACCAAGAAACUUAAGCGCAAGAGGUUUCGGGUUUUCGACACAAUAUAAUAGACUAAACAAGAGUGUUCAGAGACUUUAUGUAUACUUUAAACGUAUAUUACUCUCUCAGUAAUUAUUCAUAUUGAUGUAAUAUUGAUGUAAUAGAGUAAUUUAGCCAUAACUUCUAAGAAUCGUCUAUACUUUAAACAAUGAGCUUAUAUCCCUGCAAAACACCCGUUGAUGUUUUAAAAUAAGAAAAUCCUUAAAAAAAAGUUUUAAUAUUACUGAUUGUUGGUGUCAACAUUUUGGUAUUAAACUUGACGUGUCGAUGUAUGACGUAACCGCGUGGAUGGCAUUCCAUCGUCAUUGCCAUCAUCCCGUGUAGACCGCAAAUCGAUACCUCAAUCUUUAGUAUCAAAUAGUUUACAUUCGGUAGUAGAAUUUUUUGUGACAAACAUAAUAUACUCAAUAGGCUAAAACUAUAAAUAUGUGUCAAAAAAUUUAUUAAAAAAAUAUAUCAAAAAGCACAUAGGCAUAAGUAAUGACCAAUUACCAUUUUGGAAAUGAUUCCAAAAUGACAGAUGGUUUAUACAGGAUAAUGGGACAUUUUGGAACUAAAGAUGCUGGUAGAUUCAGGAAAAGAAGAUUUUUUUAAAUGGUGAUUGGUUUAAGCCGCUGACAUAGAAUGAAAUAGAUAACGAUGAAGUUUGUCGAAUUGAGUGAAAACACAUCACGAGAUCAAUUAAGUACUUAAUAAAUUCUUAAGAUACGCCGCAGAAGUAGGUAUACGGUUAAAAUCAGGCUCGCCUAGGUCAACAUGCGUUAUCUACUCAUUCUAUACCCGUGGUUCCUUUUUACAGAAAAACCCGUAUAAUAUGAUCUUUGGGUUGAUUUGGGUGAUUUUGCGGGAUUCCAGAAUAUAGAAAGAUGAUAUAAGGUCCGAAAUAAAGUCAUAAUAUAUGGGUUACUGUACUAGAUAUAAUAUCAAUGUUUACAUUCCAUAUUACAAUUAAAAUUUAAACAGAUUUAAUGAUUAAUAUUAA